UUGUUUUAGUGUUGUUGUUGCUGGUCAGGAGCAGUACUGACACUGUUGUGGCUGCCAACGUUCCCUAUUUCCCGGCUUCCUGGCUUAUUUUAAGGUUCCUCUAGUGAGAUCCACUGACCUUCCAGCAAAGUCCUGCAGUGAAUCCAGCUGAUCUUCCAGCAAAGUACUGUACUCCAAUGCGAUCAGCUGAUACUCCAGAAGAGUCCUCGAGUGAGAUGGGUUCUCAAGGCAGUAAUGCACUUAUGGAAUGUGAAGGCUGUAACAAUGCGUUUGACCAAGAAGAGCGGCAGCCACGCAUUCUACCAUGUGGCCACACCUUCUGCACUAGUUGUAUUGGUGCUAUUUUGAAGGAUUGCAAAGUUUUUUGUCUCAGCUGUCACGUCGAACACCAUGCUGAGUCUGUGGAGCAGUUCCCUCCUAAUUGUGACUUGGAAUCAAUUAUGAGAGCAUCAAUGAUGGAUGUUGACACCACUCCACCACUUACAGCAACUUCAGUCAAUCCACCAGCAUUGGCUGCAGGAAUAGCAGAAUUAGGCCAAGGUCAACAGCAAGGUUUAAGCAAAGAGUUAGUAGAAAAGAAAAUGGAAAAAAUGAAAGCCAUAGCAAAUGUCCAAGUAAGAGUACAAGCCACAUUAAAUGGUCUGGAUCAGUAUGCAAUGCAGAUAGCAAAAAUGAAGGAUGAACAUAUGAAACUAAUGACCCUGCUUGAGGGUCUUUCAACAUUCCACCAAGAAAGGAUACAGUUGCUUGAGGAAGAUGAUGCUCGCCUUACUGAAUUACAAGCAUAUCUUGAAGACCUAAGGAAUAAUUUAAAUGAAUAAAUAAAACUCUUAACAUAUCCAGGUAUUGGAUGAUAUACUGAUAGAGUACAGUAGUUGUAUAUUUAUCUUGAGUUUAGUUUUUGUAUACUGUUAGGCCCCCAAAUUCACAUGGGAUGACAGUCAUAAAGUUUUUGCGAAUGUAAAAUUUGUGAAGUGUAAAAUUGUCUACAUGAUUUUGUUUCAGAUUUGAGUUUAUUUUAUGUUUUGGUGGCUAUUCUCUUUUAAUAUCACUAAUCUGGUUAAUAUUGACAUUCAUGAGAAAGAAUGACCAGAAAAGAAACUAAACACUUUGCAGAGAACAGAGUUAUAGAGGCAUUUUGCCUGUAAGUAGGAGUGCAGUCAUGGUGUGAGAGGGGGCACCUCGGGAGGACUAUUGGUCCUUGUGUGCACACUGUUGAUGACUUGUUUGUAAAAGAAGUUGGGCCAAAGGUUUGUAUAUACUAUAAGCAUUUUUAUUCCAUUAGUUUGUGUUUUAUUUACAGAUCAGAGCAGUUGCCAGGCAUCUUUGUUGUGUUUUGACCAUUUCCAUGAUGACUAGCUGGGCAUCUUUCUAGGAUAUAAGGUGUGCUGUGCUGUUUUGCCCUUAUGUAUGAUGCAAGCAUUGUUUGUGUUGCGAAUCCUGCAUGCCUAUUGGCCUUGGUGGCUCAUAACACCAGUAAUACCUAUACUAUCGUACCGCAUCAAACUUCUAUUUUUAAUAAUUUUUUAUAUCGUUUCAACAACAAAAAAAUAGAAAUUUGCUUAUAAAUAUAUUGAAAACAACAUACAACAGAUUUUUCCUGUAAUAUAUUUGUCAUUUGCAAAUUAUUUUAACAUAAGGUUGAUGAAGUCACAUCUGGCAUUGAGCAUCUGGGGGAUUGCAGCUCUGCAGCUCCUAUGGAUGAGCUGCCACUGCCUAUUGGUGUUCCUGAUGUCUGGUCUAUAGGCUGCAGGUCUCUCCCAUAUAUUAGUACUUACAGCUACCAUUGCAUAUUAUGUAAACACCUGCAUUACUGAGGUCCAGAUGCUUUGUUCCUAGUCAGGUCUUUGAUGGUGUUCAGUGUAAUGGUCACAUUUCUCUCUCUUGGAGAGGAUGGGUGUAUUAUACCUGCUAUUUGGCCUGUAGAAAAGAUGAAACUUCUGUUUAUGUUGUUCACUGGUUGUGGUGGAGUGAAGAUUUUGUGUGCUCAGUCCCUGCAGCUACAGACAAAUUGUUGAUAAAUUAGAUACAUGUGCAACACUUGGGUAUCUUUAAUGAGGAAACGUUUUGCCACACAGUGGCUUCAUCAAUCCAUACAAAGGAGAAUUGUGAAGAACAGGAGGAGUUUGAAGUAAUCAGUCCCUCAGCCUUGAGUCGAUGGAAUCAGUCCAUCAAUCUUGAAAAAAUUGAUAGGCAGAUGAUGAGGUGCAGCAGUCGUAGGUGGUAACACACUUGUCCAAUGUGGAAGUAGGUCAUGCCCAAGGGUGAAGAAUUCCCAAGUAUUAAGAUCCCAAGAAGUUGCAGUGUCAGACAGGAUUGCAGAUGAAUGGUUCAGAGAACCGACAAGUUGAUAAAUUAGACACGUGUGUAACACUUGAGUAUCUUUAAUGAGGAAACGUUUUGCCAAACAGUGGCUUGCAAAUUGUGUCCAUUUUUUUUUUCCCACUAGUCAGCUUUACACCAUUAUUCUCCAAUGACCAGAAAGAAAAGGUUUAAGCAUGGGAAAGCUAGUGAGCACAUUUUGAAUACUGUAUUUAGUUUCCAAUUUAAGGGUCAUGCACCAUGCCUGAAAAAAAUAAGUACCAUGAGAAACCCCAUCGAUAAUAAAAUUUAUUCACAAAUUGCUCACCAUUAAAACAGAUAAUUCUUUUUCAUGAAUUGUUAACCUCACUAAUUUGGGGACUGAAUACAGUAGACCGUAGACUUCACAUCAUAACUCUUGAUGAUCCCAGUGAAUAAUGAGUCUCUCUACUACCAUAGAAAAGUUUGUUAGAUGAAGGACUAUGUCUUUUAUCCACCUCAUUUCAUCAUUAUUAAUGUAUUAUCAUAAAGUACUAAAUCCAUGGGGAUCAUACAGUUUGAUCCAAGCAAGGGAAGGAUAGCUCCUUAAAUAGUCAAUUCCAUUUCAGUAUGAUGUGUUAAUAACAAGGCGUGGAUGUUAUAUAUCCACACUACUUCACAAAUAUAAUGAUUGACUUUCUUGGAACAGUCAGUUUAAAUGAUUAUGUGAACUGUGCACUGUUCCAUUCCUUCCACACUCUUGAGGUCACUAUGAAUUCUGAGAAUGCACAUACCUUUGCAGUACAAUUAUAAUAGUGUACAAUUUGCACUCAGUCAUUUAUAUCACAAACAGUAACCCUGUGAAACUUCCUUUAAAAGCUUUUCCAUUGUAUACAUUUAGCCUCAUUCAGAAGCUGUUGCUUUCUAUUGUCUUUUAAUGAACAGACCUAGUUAUAUACCUUUCAUCCUUCAUCAUUCAUAUCUCCAGCUUUAACCCAAUUAAAAAUUAGUACUGUAUAAAGGAACAUUGAUAAUCGAACCCGGAGUAAUUGCUGGAUUUCAGAUUUUUUACAAUACGUAUUUAAAGACUUCCAGCAAGCGUGCGUGAGCGUGUUAGAUAGGAGUGAAUGGAGACGAAUGGUACUUGGGACCUGACAAUCUGUUGGAGUGUGAGCAGGGUAAUAUUUAGUGAAGGGAUUCAGGGAAACCGGUUAUUUUCGUAUAGUCGGACUUGAGUCCUGGAAGUGGGAAGUACAAUGCCUGCACUCUAAAGGAGGGGUUUGGGAUAUUGGCAGUUUGGAGGGAUAUGUUGUGUAUCUUUAUAUGUGUAUGCUUCUAAACUGUUGUAUUCUGAGCACCUCUGCAAAAACAGUGAUAAUGUGUGAGUGUGGUGAAAGUGUUGAAUGAUGAUGAAAGUAUUUUCUUUUUGUGGAUUUUCUUUCUUUUUUGGGUCACCCAGCCUCGGUGGGAGACGGCCGACUUGUUGAAAAAAAAAAAAAAAAUUUAAAACUAAGUGUAUAGAGGACUAGAAUGCUUGACAAACUUUGCAUAACUUUACUGUCAUAUAUAUGUAUUAUCUGUAUCCAGGAUAUUAUUUAUUAAUGGGAUACUAAACUGACCAGUAGAUGAAUAAGACAGUUUCCAAUGCUGAGAAUAAUACUGGAGAUGGUGGACAUGAAGUAGUAAUUUAAGGUGAUCAGUCCCCAGCUUUGAAAGGUGUUCAGUCCAACAGGCUUGAUGACUCAGCCAUCUCUGUCGAGUAUAAUUUUGCGUAUUCUCUAUCAUAAUUUUGUGUAAAAGUUGCAUAUGGAGGUCCAUUUGCAGACUUAAUGUUUCCUCCUUCCUCAACAGAAAUCAUCCAUUUUUGCAUUGCUGUACUCCAGAAAUAAUACUGUACUAAUGUUUGUGUCUGAAAUAUUGUACUGUAUCCCAAACUCAUAAUUGAAGUAUAAUUGUCUGUUUUAUGAUGCAUCAUUUGAAAUGAAUUUAGUGUAUUUGGGGUGAAUCAUUUGCCAUUGCCUGGAAUAUUUUCAAAUUUUUUUCCAAGGCAUGACACAAAUCUUUUCUCUCCAAACUCUAGUAUUCCUCUAUUACUGUACCAGAUCAUAUCCAGUUUUCUCUUGUUAGAUUUAUCUGUCUUUGCUGUAGGCAGACACACUUUGCUUUAUGUACUGAUACCAGUUUGCUUUUUUGUCAAGUGAUCUUCCCUCAACACCUGUGCCUUUCUCCCCUCGCUUCCCAAUCUCUCUCCCUUCAGCUGUGCAGCGAUGUAUGAUCCUUAUGGGUUUCCCCUCUUUCCUUGAAUAUAAUAUUGUAGUCUGGUAGAUCCUUAUCUGGUGGUGUUGAAGAAUCGAGUACUUCCACCUUUUCCUGGUGGCCUUGUACUAGAUGAUGGGUUUGAUUAUCUUAGUUGAAAUUGAAUGUCUAAACAUUUUUGUGAGAGCAAGUUUUCUUCAUAUUCCUCAGGCAUUAUGUAUUUUGUAAACAUUGAGUAUUAGGCCCUGGUAGCAGUUUUAAUUAGAUUUGAAAUCUGUAAUGGAGUUGUUAUUUUUGACAUUCUAACAGUGCUUAUAAUCCUAAGUUACUGUGCUUUACAUUUUACAUGUCCAUGCAUUCUGCUCAGAUAAUACACUGUAUGUAUAUAAAAUUCUAAAUGGACAAAAUAAACCUUAAACUCUGUUUAAGAAUUUGUUUAGCCCCCAAAUGUUGAAAGCAGUUGUGUUGUUAACGACACAAUUCUUGAAGUGUGAACUAGAUUUUGAUGUUCAUCUAGGAGUUUGGUCUGCAGUACUCCCAUGGAAGAGAUUUUACUCCUCAACAUCUUGCUGAAUCCAUAAUUACACCAAAUAAAUUUUGUAAGUGUAGGAGUUUGCUGCAUCUUCACAAUGUUUUAUAUAUGCAGUCCUCAGAUGUACUGAUAUGGAAGGAAUUUUAUGCCUUUUAGCUCUUGCAUGAACUGAGUUUUAUAGUAUCUAGGAUUUGCACAUAAGCUAUUUCCAUUUAAUUAAUUCUGCCUCAGUGGAAGACAGCCAGUGUGUUAAUAAAAAAAUCUAAUGUAAAUUUUAAACCACUAGAUUUCUCGUAUACAGUGGACCCCCGGUUCGUGAAGACAUCGGUAUCCGAUAAAUCCGGUAUCCGAAGUAUUAUAUCGCAAAAAAUUUGCCUCGGUUCCCGUUACAAAACCUGGUAUGCAAUACGAUUCGUACGAGACGUGUCCAGUGUUUACAAGCCAGCCAGUGUGCGCGCAUCUAAGGAUACAUUCGGUACAUUCUAUAUUAUCCAUAUUAUCACAGUUUUUGGUGCUUUUUUCUGCAAAAUAAGUCACCAUGGGCCCCAAGAAAGCUUCUAGUGCCAACCCAUCGAGACCAAAGGUGCUAAUGACUAUUGAAAUUAAGGAAAUGUGUGCAAAGUGGCUUGAAGUGCAAACCUUUUUUGAUGAAAAUCACCCUGACACAGCUACUGCAAGCUGUGUUGGCAACCUGUACACUGACAAUGUUGUGAACCACUUUAGGAAAGCCAUAAAAGAACAAGAGGUACAGGCCUCUAUGGACAGAUAUGUUGUGCGACAGAAGUCCAGUGACGCAAGCUGGUCCUAGUGGCAUUAAAAGAAGAAGGGAAGUAACCCCGGAAAAGGACUUGCUACCUCAAGUCCUAAUGGAGGGGGAUUCCCCUUCUAAACAUUAAAAACUUCGACACUCUCCCCUCCUCCCAUCCCAUCAAUCAUCACCAGAUCUUCAUUAAAGGUAAGUGUCAAUUAUUCUAUUGUGAUUAUUCUAUUGUUAUUGUAAUUAUUAUAUUACAUUAAACUUAAUAUAUCAUGUGGUAAAAGUUUUUUUUUUUUCAUACUUUUGGGUGUCUUGCACGGAUUAAUUUGAUUUCCAUUAUUUCUUAUGGGGAAAAUUGAUUCGCUUUCCGAUAAUUUUGGUUUACGAUGAGCUCUCAGGAACGGAUUAAUAUCGCGAACCGGGGGUCCACUGUAUUCAUAUGGAAUAAAAAUGAUAGUGUGAGGUCACAGAUAUAUCCCAGGUAUACCUGCAUGGAUUAACAUUAACACUGCAAGGCCUCCGAUGUACAGUGAAAGUUUGAUUUAGCAGACUAUUAGGGGCAAGAGGGUAUCCUGUAAUGUUGGUUGUGCAUUAAACCUGAAUAAUUGAUUACCUUGUUUUACCAUGAUUACAACAAUAAUGGGCAAUUCUGGAAGUAACUGAUUUUAUCCAUUUCCAGAUUUUGUUCAGACAAAUUUUGCCCAUUAAAUUGAGCUUUCACUGUACCAACAUGGAAUGAAAUUUGCAUUGAGUGAUCUCUGAUGCACCAACAUAGAAUAAGGAUGACUGAGAGAUCUAACAUAUACAACCAUGGAAUGAAAUUGGGUAUAAAAUGAAUAACAUUUUAUUGAUUUAUAUAUGUAAUGGUACAGAAAUA